AUGGAUGAUUCACAACAUGCGCUCAUUAUUAAAAACAACGAUAAUAUCCAAAAUGAGAUAGGAGACCUUAUACAAGAAUUGACUAGUGUCGCAAUUGGUGAAACACUGAAUGAUGAAAGAGAUUUAGUUUAUCAAAAACUUACUACUAAAUUAGUACAACUCAUAAAUCAAUACGAGUUACAACCAAAACUAUUAGAAAAAAAACUAGGUAUAUAUAUCCAAUCUUUAAGCUCAAAAUUUUUGCAGGAUGAUGAAUUAAUGAAUUCAAUUGGCCAGAUUAUUUAUGCAUUUUCCAAAAUCUGUUCAUUUAAAACUACGUCGUUAUAUUUCUCGAGUGAUGUGUAUUUAAUUGAGGUUUUAUUGACCAAAUGUGAGAAUAACACGAAUGAAUUUGUCAAAUUUUCGUGUCUACUUUGGCUAUGUAAUCUAGUUCUUGUUCCGUUCCCAAUAUCAAGCAUUAAGAAUGAUUUACCACAAAGAUUAAAAGAAGUAGGUGAAUUUAAUCUUUUCCAAUAUACAAAUGGGUCUAAAAUUCAAAAAAUUGCUCUGAUAAUGUUGGCAGGAUUGCUUUCAAGAAGUGAUUCAGAAGAAAUGCUAAAUAAUUUUCUUCUUUCAUUAGAAGAAAAUUGGGUUGAUCAAAUUUCAAACAAGAGACUAGGAAAUCUAUUAGUGAUUAAUCAAAUUUUAAAACGAAAACUUGUCAAUUUGGAUGUUAUAUAUAAGUGUAUGGUGCACGAUAUACUCGAAUCCAAUUGUUCAAAUUUAACAUUAUAUUACUCAAUCAAAAUAUUGAGUAAAUUAGCAGUUAACUAUUGCCAACAACACGAUUUUGCAAAAACAUGUCAAAUUAUUAAUCUACUACUAAAUGAAAUUUUAACAAUUGAGUCAAUUCCAUUUGAUAUAAAUCUUAGGUACUCAAUGGCAAAGGCGUUAGCGGCAAUCAUUGAUCAAUUGUCAUACGUUGCAAUUAAUUAUCAGAGUCAAUUAAUUGAGUACGUAUUAUUGUUACUUUCACAAUGUGAUUUAACUAUCUACAACAUAUCAAAGAUUCAAACCCUUUUAUUGAUAUUGGGGUAUGUUGCAUUACGAAAGAAAAUACAGGUAGAGUAUUGUGAAACCACUUUAAAACUAGCAUCUAAAUUCCUAUUUUUCAAAAUACAAAAUGGAAUAGUGACAUUGGGUAAUCAGGUUAGAGAUUCUUCAACAUUUGUUAUAUGGUCGAUUGUGAAAAAUAUGAAACAUUACAAACCUAUUGUAAGAGAUGUUUUUCUUGAUUUAUUGAAAGUUUUAGUUUUCGAUGAAGAAUUGAUUUUGAAGAAAUGUAGUGUUGCAGUAUUACAGGAGAUUAUUGGUAGAUUCGGAACUGAGUUGAUUCAAAUUAAAGAUUUAGAAUCAAAAGGGGAAUUCAUCAUUAACUUUGUUGAAAAAUUGGGCCGAUUGCAUUUAAACCUGAAAAUUAGUUAUCAAUUUUUUGAUGAAUAUUAUGAAGUUUUUGACUUACUGUUUUUGGUUGAUCCAUUGCUAACCUUGCUUUGCGACCAGGACGGUGAAGGAAAGUAUUUAAAUAAAUUAUUGAUACAACCAGCACAAUUAGAGUUAGCUCCAAGAUGUAUUGUGAAUUUUGAUGAUAUCAGAAGUAGAUUGGAAAAGUCGAAUAGAUGGCACAUUUUAUUUGAGUUAGACCAAUUCUCAGAUGCUGGUGAUGAAAUUUUUGUAGAUUUUCAAUAUAAUGAAUCAAAGAAAGAUAUGAUCAAAGGGUAUCUCAUGUAUUUGAGUCGUCAACAAUUGAAUGAAGUUCAAUGGCAAAAUGUUAUCAAGAUUAUCAAAUAUCACGAUUACACCGAGCAAUUCAGAUUUAUCAUUUCAAAUCAAAUACAGAUUCCCAUGAGCGAAAUCUUGCAUCACUUACCACAUUCCGAAGUCUUAUCAAAGUCAUUAUUUUAUUUUAGACACCUUAAUAUAGCUCAAUAUGAUGAAUUGAUUCGGGUAAUCAAAAAUCCUGGGAUUAAUGCAACAAUAAGAGCCAAUUUAAUUGAGAAUUUAAGCUUUAAUUUACCAUCAUUCUUCAAUAUAAGUACGUUGUACGAUCUAUUUGAUGAUUACACUACGACCGAUCAAGGUGAUGUUGGUUCAAAAAUAAGGAUGAACAUGAUAAAAUUAGUACGUCAGAAUAAGAUAAUGGAUAAGACAAUCCAGUUGAAACUAGUGAGAUUAAGUGGUGAAAUCAUGGACAAAUUAAGAAAUCAUGCAUUCAAGUCAUUGACCAAUAAAUCAUUUAGCUGGUGCAUGUUGUUUGACUAUUACCAGACUUUGAACGAUUUCAAUAUGAAACUUGAAUUUUGGAAAGGUGUUGUUUUCACAACCGGCUCUUUAGUUGGCAAUCUGAAGUUAAUAAAUGAAUCAUUCAAUGAAUUGAUAAAAUACAAACCAACCAGUGUUGACUUGAAAAUCUUACUUUCAUUCAUACAACCCAUAGUACCUAAAAAAACAUCAACGAGGGAACGUAAAUUGAUUUUGCUGACGUUACAAUUGAUACUAAAAUUAUUUGAUUCAAAUUACAAGUUCAUUGGAAUGAUAGACUUUAAUGAAUUAUUUAAAAAAUGUUACAAUGUGCAUAUAAAUACCAAAGAUUUGAAUCGUAUCAAAAUAGUUCUUCAAAUAUUUAACAGAAUCGUUGAAGAUUGUCCUAAUUUAAAAAGAAAAAUUUACGAUAGAUAUUUAUGGAUAUUGAAAAAUCAUCAGUUAAAAGAAGUCAAGGUGUUUGUUGGUGAAGUGAUACUUUUUGAUGUAGUUGUCUCGAUGGAUGAUUCUGAGAUUUUUGACAAUUAUUCUAAAAUAGAUUGGUUUGAUAUUAGUAAAUCAGACCUAAAUUUUGUAGAAAUGUUAUUACAAUAA